AUACUAGACCCUCUUCCUGUUUAUUUAAACUUCUUCGCAUUGGAAGAAACGUUUGUGUCACUUUGGAAAUAAAAAUGAGAAUUUCAUUUUGUAAAAUUUUCUUUUUGAGUUACCUACUGACAUAUGCAAAGUCAGAGGAACCACACUGUUCAAAAUAUGAUUUUGAAGAGAAAGUGUUAGAGAAAAUGGUUCGCAUGGAAUUUCAAAUGGAGAGAAUGAAAUCUGAAAUGGAACAAACAGUGAAAAGUGUUGAUCGUAAACUGAAUGAAAUGGAUGAAAAACAGGCAAAACUUUCGUAUACCAUUAAAACAACACAGGAAGUGUUAAGUGAGAAAAUCGAAGCACAACACAACAAAACGACAGAGGUUAUUGAGACCAAAUUAAAGGAACUGCCAAGUCUAAAAGAUCAGAUUGUGACACCAACUGUGGCAUUCAAGGCAAGACUAAAUGCUCACACUGCCGCUCCUGCUGGUCAAGUUAUAGUGUUUCCUACAGUACUCUUCAAUGAAGGAGAUGCUUACAGCAGUCAGACAGGGAAAUUUACGGCCACAACAAACGGAACAUAUCUUUUUACUAUAGCAUUUUGUGUCCUACCAAACAAACAUUUGAAAGUGGAUAUAAUGGUUGAUGGUGUAGCAUACACUAAGACAUACAUUAAAGACACCGAUGAUGUCGACUGUCAUACAGGUGACACUGUCGCUGUGUUAAAACAUGGACAGAGUGUGUGGGUUCAGCCAUAUGGUAGUAGCUCUGGUAAUAUAAUUUACCCUUCUUCAGGUUAUUGGCACACAUUUUCCGGAGUUUUGCUUCAUACAUAAACACAAUACUUCCUGCAUAUGAUUUCACACGACUUGUUAUACAAUUAUUAAUAAUUAUCAAACACGUUGAUGAAACAAAUGCAAACUGUUUCUGUGGAUAGCUAUUAAACUAUUUCAUUCAUUAAUUAUCAUAAUCUUAAAGACAUUUGAUAUUACUUACUUGGUAUAAUUAGGUAAACACAAUGUCCGAAUGUUUCAUUACUGUGUCAUAUCUCACUAAUGUUAAAUAUAGCAUCAGAUUAAUUAACAUCAUUGUACUCAACAUAAAUAUAUAUAUAUAUAUUUGGACGAGUACCCGUGUAACGGAUAGACUUCGGAACACUAGUUAUGAACUCAAAACGGUUCGAGGACAGAGCUUAAAAGACAACUGCAUGUACAACUUGGCUUUUAUUAAAAUGUGACUUUUUGCAUGAAAAGUAUCGAUUUGCAGACAAAAGCAAAUCCUUUUGAUAGAAUAUAGACCUUUUUACAAUACGAUUUUCCAUAGCAACGAAUGUUGCAUUUCGCGCAUGCGCAUUCUGCGUAGGGCAGAAAGCAAUAACGAUGUCUAUACAGUUUAUCAUACUUUAAGGCUUUAAUAGAUGCGAUUUCAUGUUAUGUCACCCCAAAAAUAUUAAUUUUGGGAUGACUUAAUUAAGACGGUAAGUACUGAAAACGUGAAUUUAUUUUUAACAGAUCUACGAAAAUGUGCGGGAGUAAUAAUUCAAUGGUCAAAACGGGCACACACAUGUCUUUGUUUAAGGUAUCAUUAGACGACUUUUCCAUCAGUAAUUUAAAUUGAAACAGCAGGGUGUUAAAGAUAAAAUUUUAUUACCCCUAUAUUACAUAAUAUUACACAAUUUGUAUUGUACACUUCCUUUGAAUAACUGGAUUGGUCAGGCGGCAAGUGUCAAACAGAUUGGCACUUGAACGUUUGUUCAUUCAACCGGGACGUUUAAAUAUCAUGAUAUAGUUAAUCAGUUACGCUUAUUAAGAUGGUAAUGUUAAUUUAUGUAACUUUUAAAUAUACCGAUCAAUGUUUAUGGAUUUUGAGAAGAGAAAAAUUGUGUGAGGUGCAUUAUUAAAAAUGACAUGUAUUACGAAGUGUGUUAUAUCUUUUCCAAACAACCCAUCUUAACUUUUCAAGAUUUUGAAAAAAAAAAAUAAAAAUUUAAAAUCUAUUAAAUAAUCUAAAAAAAUUUCUGUUUGCAUCACAGGCAAAUCGGAUAAAGGAUAUAAUCAGGUAUAUUGAACACUAAAAAUGCAUUAUCACCUGUUUUUAUAUUUUUUCUGAAUGAUAAUUAAUCUCGAUUUCAUGUUAUAUAAUUUCUUUUGUUUUUAAAUGAACUAUUUCACGAGCAAAUAAGUUGACUUUUCAUUUGCUAAUAGAUAUAUUUCCACAUAUUCUUUCAAAAAAUGAUCUCAGUGUCAGGUCCGUGAUCGUAAAUUCUUAAAAAAGUAUCUUUUCCAUGCCUUUUUAUGGCAUUCUUCGCCACAAAGCUAUAAAGUCAUCUUUUCUAUAUUUGUUGAAAGCUAUUUUAUAUAACAUUCUACCGUUUACCUUGAACUAACUCUUGUCUAUGAACUUCUACUAUAUUUCUAUGUAAGGCGAAGCAUUUUUUGGCCUACGUAGAUUGCGCAUGCGCGAGAAAAUUCUAAUGCCGGUCUAAUUUUUCGUAGCAACGGACCGCGUCGUAAAAAGGUCUAUAUGUUUUUAGAAUGCAUGUAUCUUAUUACUGUGGGUAAUGUGUCCUCGCCGAUAUCGGGAUAAUGCUAACGUUGCAAGUGGCUACUUAUAAAUAGGACAUAUUCGCAUUAAUUCUUUCCCUUUUUACUUAAAGUUUUAUAUGACACAUGUAUACGUGUAUUCAAAAGUAAAAAAUACAACCGUUGUUAUAGUACUAUGUCGUAAAUAAAAGGUAGUAACACCAAGUCCUGCUCAAUAUUUCUUACGCAAGAAACGUAGUUCUAAAGAUAAACGUCAUAGUAUGUAACAGUUUGUUUCAUAAAGAUAAACAGCAUAUUUAGUAUGUAGUAGUAUAUUUUUAAAUGUUUUUUUUUUAUGAAAGAUAAUGUUCAUA